AUGGAUCUCGUAAAUUGAGGGACACCUGCUCAAACAGACGGGUUCCUAUAUAAGACACGACUCUGCUGUAUUGUCAUUGGACUUCGCCAUGGUUCGUUACGCGAUACUCCUUGUUGCCGCAGCCUUCGCUGUCGUGGCGCUCGCCGUGCCACUAGAGCGGGACAACUUGGGAAGGUCACCACCUUCUGACGCAGAGAGAGUCGAGAGGCCUGAGGAACCCGCGAGACCCGAGGAGCCCGAGAAGCCUGAGGAACCUGCGAGACCCGAGAGGCCCGAGAGACCUGACAGACCUGACAGCCCAGAGAGACCAGAGAGACCGGAGAGACCUGACAGACCAGAGAGUCCAGAGAGACCUGAGAGACCGGAGAGACCCGAGGAAGAGGACAGGGAGGAACCUGCCAACGAACCUAACGAGAAACCCAACGAGGAACCUGUCAAGGAGCUCAGCGAGGAUCCCAGCGAGGAACCCGUCAGUGAACCUAUCGAGGAACCUCUCGAGGAACCCGUCGAUGAACCUGUCGAGGAACCUCUCGAGGAACCCGUCGAUGAACCUGUCGAGGAACCUCUCAAGGAACCUAGCGAGGAACCUAUCGAGCAACCCAGUGAAUAAUCCAGCACUGAGGUUCCUCCGGAAAUCUAACAGACUAUACACUACCUGCUGCAGUCAUUGGAAAUCCUCGUGUUUUCUUGGGCGUUGUAGGUCUCCUUUUGAAUUGUCUGUUACACUUCAAAAAUGAAAUUAAAUUUUGCAUGUUA